GGGUUCGGAGCGCGCCAGGGGCGGGCGGGGGGCGGCGUCCUGGCCAUGGCCGGCCUGUCGGACCUGGAGCUUCGGCGAGAGCUGCAGGCCCUGGGCUUCCAGCCGGGGCCCAUCACCGACACCACCCGGGAUGUCUACCGCAACAAGCUGCGCCGCCUACGGGGCGAGGCCCGGCUGCGCGACGAGGAGCGGCUGCGGGAGGAGGCCCGGCCGCGGCUCGUCUUCCUGGGCAUCCUCUGGGUGAAGAUGGGCAAGCCCUCGGCGCCGCAGGAGGCGGAGGACAACAUGAAAUUAUUGCCAGUGGACUGUGAAAGAAAAACAGAUGAGUUCUGUCAGGCUAAGCAGAAGGCGGCCUUGCUGGAACUGCUGCACGAGCUGUACAACUUCCUGGCCAUCCAAGCCGGUAAUUUUGAGUGUGGAAAUCCAGAGAAGCUAAAAAGCAAAUGCAUUCCUGUUACAGAAGCCCAGGAAUAUAUAGCAAAUGUGACCAGCAGCUCCUCCGCCAAGUUUGAAGCCGCACUGACCUGGAUACUGAGCAGUAACAAGGACGUGGGCAUCUGGCUGAAAGGAGAAGACCAGUCUGAACUGGUGACGACUGUGGACAAGGUGGCCUGCCUGGAAUCCGCCCGCCCCCGCAUGGGCGUUGGCUGCCGCCUCAGCCGCGCGCUGCUCACAGCUGUCACCAACGUGCUCAUCUUCUUCUGGUGCUUGGCUUUCUUGUGGGGGCUCCUGAUUCUCCUGAAAUACCGGUGGCGGAAGCUGGAAGAGGAGGAACAGGCCAUGUAUGAGAUGGUGAAGAAGAUCAUAGACGUGGUGCAGGACCAUUAUGUGGACUGGGAGCAGGACAUGGAGCGCUACCCGUACGUGGGCAUCCUGCAUGUGCGUGACACCCUGAUCCCACCUCAGAGCCGAAGGCGCAUGAAGCGAGUCUGGGACCGAGCCGUGGAGUUCCUGGCCUCCAACGAGUCCCGGAUCCAGACGGAAUCCCACCGCGUGGCUGGAGAAGACAUGCUGGUGUGGAGAUGGACUAAGCCCUCUUCCUUCUCCGACUCAGAGCGAUAAGCCUAGGGACCUGUUCCAGUUGGCCAGUCCUGGGACAGUCCACUCCAGGGGUGCAAGAGGGUCGCUAGACCUGCCGGUGCUGAAUUCACACUUGCCUUGACUUUUCAGCCUCCUGACAGUUCCAAAGGUUUCUCUCUGGUAGAGUCUUCAGAGGAGCUCGACUCGUUGGGGAAUCGUGGGCUCCUUACGGGUGGAGGGGAGAA